CAUUUUUCUCUUAUCAAACCUUCAUGGGGUGUUUCAAGAUUACAUUUUUACAUCUUGGGUUUCUUUGUUUUUCCCUCUUUUAUGUGAUCAGUUUACCAUUCAUGGUUGAGGGACAAUCUUGAAUUCUGGAGGUUGAAAACUUGAAAUCUUGAAGUGGGUUUUUUUUUUUUUACCUUGUGAGAAAAAACUUUUGGUGUACCCUACAAAUCUUAUGCUUUUUAUGAAAACAGCGUCAGACAGUCUUAUUAAUAAAGUUUUUUUGGAGUAAAGUUCUGGACUUUCAUUACUGCAUGACAGAGUUUUCCUUUUAGCGGGUUCUUUACAUUGUCCAAAGUCCAAGGCCUAACAUUUAAUUGCAUGUUCCUGUUUUGUGUUUGGAAUGUCAGCCAAAGAGGAUUUUCCAAAGAUUCUUCUUGCAAAAUAGAUUCUUUAUUCAGAUUUUUGACCUGUCAAUUUAAUAACUAGUGGAUUAUGCUGUCCUCAAUCUGAAUGUUUUUAAUUUAUGGGGAGUAGGAAAAGGACCAACUGUGUUUGCUCAGUUGCUCCACCUGCACAAGUUAAAUGUAGAUUCUGCAAAAGUUAUUGGAGCUUUUUGUUGUGUUGAAAACUGCGGAAACUUUUAAAAGAGGGUUUAUAUUCCAAGAAAUGUUAGUAGUAAAUUUGGGUAAUUUUUUAAAUGUUGAACCAGUGGAUAUAGAACUGUGAUUGUUAUUAUGCGUGUCAUUUCCUCGUUUUCUUUUUUCCCUUUUUGAUCAGCGUUACUGAUCAAUUAAGAUCAGCCUUACUGAUCUGUUUCACAGGAUAGUUUCUUCUUUAGCAAUCAUAAGUGGUGCAGAGGUUAAUAGAAAUCCAACUAGAAUUCAUCUUGAGCUUGUAUUUAUCUACUUGCAGAUGAAUUGGGUCAGCAUUAAGCAUCAGCAUCAUUUUCUUCAAAGCCCUGAAGUAUAGACCCAGUAGAUGCCCCUACCGUUUGAUAUGAGUAACUUUCCAAUCUAUAUUUUUAUCAAGAAAGGUUCCAUUUCAUUUCUUGAAUAGCCAUAACAAUUUUCCUUAGAUUCAUCCUCUUUUUGCAUAGAAAAUGUUUAUGGAAAUGUAAAGGGUGUCUAUAAAGUGGACGCAGGUUUUUUGCUAGGAGGGCAUGUUGCCACCUUGGUAGCAUUGUUGUAUUUCGCUUACUCAAGUAGGAAAGUUAAAGAGGCAAGAAUUGGAUUCGUGUGCCUUCUUUGUCUUUGCAUACAUCAUGGUACAUAGAUUAAUGCAUUUGUGAUGCUGUCUUGAUGUCAAAAAUAUCCAUGCAGUUUAGGAAAAGUUACAUAGAGGAUCUUUUCUCUGUAUCUUGGAAAGUUUUGAGGUCCAAUUUUAAAAGUUAUUGGAGUAGUGAGGCAUGGUAGUAUUUCUCAAUUUUGCUUUUGUGAUCUUUUCUGCCACCCGAGUUUUUCCACCGAUUUAGGUGUCACAUUUUUAUGCUUCUAAAGUCAGUAGGGUGAUUCUCUUCUCAGCACUUCGGUUAUUAUUUGUUCUUUUGUAAGCUUAUCCUUGAUUUUCCGUGUUCAUUUGCGUGUCGAACUUGGCUGCAUUGUUAUCCUUUGAGAAUGCUAAUGAGUUGUGUUUAAUCUUCACUCUCCAUUUGCUGGCAACAGUUGGUAGCUUUUUGUCUGCUUUCACAGGUGUCAGUAGUCAUUAUUUGAAUUUGAGCUAUAAAAUGUCCACCGCUUCCAUGGUUAGGCUCAUACAUUUAAAUAUGCAGAGGCAGAAGGGUAAAAUGGUUGAGCAGCCGGUGAUGAUGGAAAUCGGUGGAGGGAAGAUGACAAUGAAUUCAUCUUCUUCAGCUGCCAUUAAUCCAUUGCCUCUGCAAGCAAUGCCACCAGAUUAUCGUCGAUACCCCACUCCUUUGGCUACAUAUGAGGAGGUUGUUGCUUCCCCAGCUCUAUUCAUGCUAAGUUUGGAGAAGGUCCACGCCGCCAUGGGAACCAAGUUCAUGAUCCCAACAGUUGGCGGCAAGGAUUUGGAUUUGCAUCGACUGUUUGUUCAGGUGACUUCUCGUGGUGGCAUUGCCAAGGUUCUCCAGGACAGAAAGUGGAGAGAUGUAUUUGGCGCUUUUAGCUUUCCAUCUUCAGCAACUAAUGCUUCUUUUGUUCUUCGAAAGUAUUAUUUCUCGCUACUUCACCAUUAUGAACAAAUUUACUUUCUGAAGUCUGAGGGUUGGUCUCCAAGUAUGACUGGUGUGUAUUCCUGGAUAUCCUGUUAUAUGUGUUCUCUUCAAUGAUUUGGUAUAUGUCAUUAAUUUUGUUAGAGUGACAGCUCCUAUUGUAGACUCUAUGCAAUUCGCAGCAUCAAGAGCUAUUCCCCUUGGACGUGCAGACCCUGCAUACUCGUCACCAAUUCUGAAAGCUGCCACCCAAAGAGAAUCUACUAUACGUUUGCCUAAAGAUUCUUUGCACCUGUCGUCAUCCAGAGGUAUUCCCCGUGGACAAGUUGAACCUGCACACUCAUCACCAAUUCAGAAAGCAGCACCAAAUAGGAAAGCAACCACCCAAAAUGAAUCCACAACAUCUGUGCCUGAAGUUGUUGCCGCAAGUCCAGCUACAGCAACAGCAGGUCCUGAAGUGUUUGGGGUUAUUGAUGGUAAAUUUGACAGCGGAUAUCUUAUUACCGUCAGAAUUGGCUCAGAAGAGUACAGAGGGGUCCUUUAUCAUGCUAUUUCGGACCCUCCACAACAAUCAACAGAACCUCAAAGUAACCAGAAUUAUCAAGGCACAUCUGUUGGCAUGACUGACAGUACAGCAGCAGCCACAGGAGUGGGGCGCCGGAAGCGCAGGAAGAAAUCUGAAAUGAAGAAAAGGGAUCCCGCCCAUCCAAAGCCCAAUAGAAGCGGUUACAACUUUUUCUUUGCUGAACAACAUGCCAGGCUUAAACCACUCUAUCCAGGCAGGGAUCGGGACAUCAGUAGGAUGAUUGGUGACUCAUGGAAUAAAUUAACUGACACUGAAAGAAUUACCUAUCAGGAAAAAGCUGUGAGGGAUAAAGAAAGAUAUAGAAUGGAGAUGGAGACAUACAAGAAAAGACUUAGGACAGGGCAGGUCAGCGGUGCAGUUCCAAUUCAUCAGGAACCUUUUCAUCUACCUUCAAGUGCUAAUAUGGAUGUGGACCAGAAUCAUGAAAUGGGUGGUGUAACCCCAUCUAACUCAUCCGAGAAUGUGAUCAGUUCAAACCUGAAUAGCGAGACCAAUACGGAGCUGAGUAUAGGACAACCCGCAUCUGAUGGACAAGCAAUGCAACUGCUGAGUCUUCGGCCGGACCUCAACCUGAUGGAUUCAGGAAAGACAGUUAUAAGUGAGGAUGCUCCCAACAGUUCUGGCAAUAAUGAGGAUCAUCCACUCAAGGAGAAGAAUGGAGGAAGUGAAGUAUUCUGUGCACUGAAUUCAGGGCAGGAAAAUGCUUUUGGGAAGAAUCAGGCUAACAAAGAACUCCUUGAAGUGCAGAAAAACACAGAGGUCCAUGGGAAUCAAGACAAGGCAUGCAGUGGAGAUGCUUCCGUGGUACAGAACUUUACAAAGGGAUUAUAACUCGGUGAUGAAGGAACUUCAACCAAAUGAAGGUGCACAACCUUACAAAGCCUAAGAAUCCUCACCUUGUCAAAGGAGUUGCAGUAUGCUUUACAAUUUAACAAAGUUUAAAAAUAUCAUAGUCCAUCUUAUAAGUUUUUUUCAUGGCCACCCCUUCCUUGUCAAAUUUUGUUUUAUUUCUGAAUGAAGUAGAACAAGAACAAGAAGAUAUCAGGAUCAGGAGUCAGGACCAAAGUUCUUUUUGUCUUUUAGGCUGUUGUUGAACUGCAUUUUACUGUUGUUACAUCAUGUCUGGUGAUGUUCUGCUUCAUGUGAUUGGAUUUUGAAGAAUGAUGUUUUAGAUUACUUGUUGAUCGUCCAGCCAGCCGCCAAAGAGAUCUUUGUGGUCCCUUAGGGAUUAUUCAAAUCUGAAUAAGCUGUUCUUGUUAAGAACAAGUUGAGGAUCAAGCGAAAUGAAUGAUCUUCAUCUAGGAAAUGGAAUAUCAUA